AUGUCUCUCCACUACCUCCCCCCUGUGAAGCCCUCUGCCAUUGCCCUUGGCACGGUCUUCAACCACGCCGCAUCCCUCGCUAUCCUGGGCCCCGUCUUCGGUGACACCUACCACCGCGCCCAAGCUGCCAACUCAAAGGAGGAGUUCCUCAAGUCGAAGGAGACUGCCUCUGCCGCGGCUGCAUGGGGAACCUCACUCGUUGGUAGCGCCAUUCAAUCAUAUGGCGUUGGUGCAUUGAUCAAUGCGACCGGUACCCUCAGCUAUAAGGGUGCUGCAUACCUUGGCUCCUUGAUCUUCAUGGCUAGCUCAGCUCCAUCGUUCGUUGCCCAGGUCUUCACUGAGAAGCGUCCUCUUGAUACCGUUGCGGUUGGUGCUCUUGCUCGCGUCUUUGAGACUGUUGGUCUCUCGCUUUUCUUAACGUGGUGGGGCACUCACACAAAUCCUUUUGAGUAA